AUGGGAAAACGAAAGAACAUCGGCGGUUCAUCCUCAUCGUCGAAAAGGAGAGCUUCUCGCCCAACGACCACGUCUCGGGCGGACCCACCACCGCCUCGCCGCUCCGGUCGUCGAUCUGCCGUUGGGGAGCCAUGUGAUGCCGUGCCCCUUGCUUUUUGGGAGCCCCCGCUUCUCCUCACGGCCGCCUCCUUCGACAAUUUUGGCAAUCUGCCACUCGUUUUGGUCCCUAGAUUUUCUCCACCGCCGUCGCCGCCAGUCUCGCCGCCGUCACCGUUCAUCUAUUCUCCACCAUCUCCUCCACUGCCACCCUCGCCGGCUGCCCAAUCGUCACCACUCACCUGCACCACCGCCACCUCGCCGCUCUCGUCGACGCGUUACUCACCCUGCCUCGCCUUCCGCUACUCGCACCACCGCUGGUCACUCUGCACCGGAUCCCGUGGUGCCUAUCUCUACUGUCGAUGCUUUUAA